CUUCUUUCUUUCGGCUUUCUUUUUCAUACGAAAAGAAAGGAGUGUGAAGUUUCAGAAGUGUACAGAAACAGCUCUGGCGCUUGUGGAAUUUCUCAGAAAAUUAAGUGGUUCUCUAGCUUUUCGUUUACCUUCCUUACCCUAUAAAAACACGAGCGGUGGAAUGUGACCAUUGAUUCAUUUCAAUGGAUGCUAGAUUGUUUGAUGCAGCUUCCAGAGGGGAUGUGAAUACCUUGCAAGAAUUAAUUGGAGAAGAUCCUCUAAUCCUCCAUACUGUAACCGUCACUACGUCAAACACACCAUUGCACGUUGCUGCACUUCUUGGUCAUACUCAGUUUGCCAUGAAAGUGAUGCAGAAUUAUCCUGGAUUAGCAGACGAACUUAACCAGCAAGGUCUUAGCCCCAUCCAUUUGGCCUCAGCAAAAGGGCACCUGGAGAUUGUGAAGGAAAUGCUUGUUCUUCGACCUGAUCUUGCUCUUAAAAAAGACGAGGACGGAAAUAUUCCCCUUCACUCGGCUGCCAUUAGAGGAAGGAGGGAAAUCUUGACAGAGCUUUUUACAAAUGAAUCAGCAAAUGAGCUUACCUCGAGCAGGGAGACUGUUCUGCAUCUUGCCGUGAAACACAAUCGAUACCAGGCACUAGAGUUGUUGAUUCAGCUUGCCAAUCAAUACCAAAUUGGCAAUGAGCUUUUCAAUGCCGUGGAUGUAGGCGGUAAUACCAUAUUUCACCUUGCUUGUGCUGGAAAAAAGUCAAAGAUGGUAAGGCUUUUGUCACGGACUAAUGUGGAUGUGAAUGCUGUUAAUUUUGAAGGUCUUACUGCUUUACAUUUGGCAGUAAGAGCGACGACAGGAUCUAAUGAUGAAGAUGAAAUACAAGAAAUAAUCCGAAGUGUAGGAGCAGAGCUUACAGAGCGAAUUGAACGAUUAGAGCAAUCCAUUGUCACUACGCAACAACGAAGCUCAGAAGCUAGAAGGGAAAAGUUUGUUGGUUCAUUAAAGAAUGGCAUUGGUAUUUUGGCAGCAAUCUUUGCCUCAUUAUCUUUUGAAGUAGGAAUGAAUCCUCCUGGAGGUGUGUGGCAAGAAUGGGCUUCAUCCAAUGCUACUAAAUCUGGUACUGCUGCUGCUGAUGGCAAUAAUGACACCGAUCCCAACUCAUGGAGCAAUUCAUUAUUCUUAGGUUUGUUCGAGUUGGCGAGCGUCAGUGAAGGUGACUCACACAAGCCUGGACUAUCCAUAAGUUGGGAACUAGGCAAAAAACGAUUCCUUAAUUUUAUCUUGUGCAAUUCUCUGUGCUUUUUCUUGUCAAUAGCAACAAUUGUGGUUGUAGCAUUGACUGAAGUCUUCCUGUGGGACUGGCAAUCUACUUCACUUCUUUUGUUGCCUAUGAUGUGCAUUCUCUUGCUAACUGCUGCAGCAGAGUUUGUAUUUGGGGUGGCUAUUGUUACCGAUACAAGCGUUGCAAAUGUAUUUCCACUUCGAGCUUUGAUUUUGGUUGUAAUCCUACUUAACGUAAUAUGGCAGCUUGCUUGGACCUACCAAUAUCUCCGGAAAUGGUUACAGAGAUUUCGCCGCAACGAAGAGAGGCGAGGAGAAUGAACGAAUUGAAUCAGAAAAGCAAUGCUAAUGAUGUCCUGCAUGAUGAGAUCUGAUUGAAUGUUAAUGUUCUGGAUUAAGAACUUGAUUUUCUUGUAACACCAAUUUGAUUUUGAAUGACAAGCUACUUUACAUGUC